AUGGAAGGACCCAAAAAAUCCUUUUUACUAUUUGGUAUUUCCGCUACCAAAAAGAAAAUCAUAACAUGGCAUUUGAUACCUUGUCAUAAUCACAUAAAUGUCACUUAUAGGGGAACAAAAGUAAUGCCAUGGACCACAGAGCCAAGUUUGAUUGAAUCAUCAAGUCAAUGGGCUACCAACACAGCAUCAAAGCUGCUUCAUAGUUUAGCGUCAAAUAAAAGAUAUGCAUUGGCUAUAUUAUUAGGUACAGAUAUUGUGCUCUAUACUGUAAAUACAGGAAGUACUAUGAUUGAGUGGCAGGUGUUAUUUACGCUGGACACCUCAUACAUUGGUGAAUUUAUUUGUCAAGCCAAAUAUACAUCCCAAAUGGUAGCUUUAGUAUCUGGGGAAGAUAAAAAAACCUUGUCUAUCUGGAUGGGAAUUAGAACUGAUAUUGCUCCCACUUGUGUUAAAGUAUUCAAAUUUGAUGAGUCUAUACGUGAUAUUGCAUGGAAUGUUACGUCAGACGCUCAAUUUAUUCUUGCUGUUGCUUUUUCCAAAUCAAUUAGUGUUUUUGGACAAAGAAGAAUUAGUAAUACUAACUUUGAUGAAGAUGUAUGGGUUCGUUAUACUACUUUUAACACUGAUAUACAAGAGGAUAUUACCGCAAUAACAUGGGUUGAUUGUGGUGUAUUAACAGUAGCUGCUGGUAAUCAAUUACGAUGUUAUCUGAAAUGGCUAACAAGCGAAGAUGUAGUUACAAAAUUUAUUCAAAGGCCAAAUAAAAUAGAACCUAUGUCAGGCAUUUUCGAUCUUUCCUAUGAAAUGAAUGGCCCUUUACCGUUUUAUCAUCCUGAUCAUCUCAUUCAUUAUAUAAUGUGGGGUAAUAUGGAUAUGGUCCAUAGUGUGCUUAUUACACUUUCAGACUUUUUUAAGCAAUUUGUAGAUGAUGAAGAUGACAUCAUUGAUAGUAUGCCUCUUGUCUCUUUUUCAAAAAUGCUUAAGUUACAAAAUAAUCCGCUGAAAAAAACCUCACGAGAAUAUCAAGCAUUAUUUGAGGAUAACACUUCUGAGCAUAAUCUUUCAAUUGAUGAUCAUAACUCAUAUGAUGACGAUGAUAGCUAUAGUAGACCUUUGUCUAUUAAUGAAGCUAAAAAUCUUACGCAUGCACUAAAAAGGAAAGACUUAAUUGGCCUAAAUAAAACUGAAAAAGUUCGUUUGAUAGCCAUGAUAGAUACAAUUAUUGAGAUAACUAAUCAAGGUGAGUCAUUAGAUGAAAAUGGCGCACGAUUUACUGCCUUAUUGGAAAACUAUUUUAAUUUAUGCCGCUCGUUACCUGAGAACCAAAGACAGCCUAAUCUCCAAUCAAGAGAUUUUGCAUGGGCUUUACAUAGUCAAUCUCAAGACUUAUUAUUGGAAAAAUGCAUCAGACUUUGCGGCAAUAAAUUUGUUUGGGAAGAUGCUCGAUCUCUAGGUAUCUUCUUAUGGCUUCAAAAAAUUGAUGUUGUGAGAGAGCAAAUGACAAAUAUUGCCCGAAAUAUUUAUUUAUCGAAAACAGAAUUUAGAGACCCUGUGGAUUGCACUUUAUUUUAUCUUGCAUUACGUAAAAAAAAAUUACUAUUGGGAUUAUGGAACACAGCAACAUAUCAUAAAGAGCAAGUAGUUAUGAAAAAGUUUUUAGCUAAUGACUUUGAUGAUCCUCGUUGGCAAAGAGCAGCAGCUAAAAAUGCAUUUGCAUUGCUAGGAAAACAAAGAUUUGCUGAUAAGCUGAAGGAUGCAGUUAAUGUGAUAUUGAAGAAUAUAAAAGACUAUCAACUUGCAAUUGCAAUAUGUCGAGUUUAUGAAGGCGAUCAUAGUCCUCUUUUAAAAGAAAUAUUAGAAAACACUGUAAUACCUAUGGCUAUCGAGUCUAACGAUCGCUGGUUAGUUAGUAUAGCAUUUUGGCUACUUAAUAAACAAAAAGAUGCUGUCCGUGCCAUGGUCGUUCCCUUAUCACAGUUCAUAGAUUCGAAUGUGGAUACAAUAACAGCAGAUUCAGCAGCUAUGGUUCACGAUCCCAAUGUAUUUAUACUAUAUCAUUAUCUUAAAAAAAGUCUGCAUCAAGAUCAAGGUUUAAUUGUACCUUAUAAUAUUGAGUACGAUUUCUCUUUGAGAGUAUCCCAAUCCUAUGAACAACUAGGAUGUCCUUUAUUAGCCCUACAUAUCUUGACAAAUUUUUAUAUGAAACCACCAAAAGUUGAUCUUCAAAAAGUCGCUUCCAAACCAGAUAAAGCAGAGAAUUUAUUUGCAUUAUCACCAAAUCAUUCAUACACAGCAGGACCCUCUAAUAAUAAUAAAUCAGCAUAUACAUUUGAUUUGUUCGAUACUGAUGAUAUCUUUGCAGAUAACAAAAGGAUAUCCAAUAAGAUAUUUGAUAAUAAUUUAUUUGUAUCAAAAGAAAAAGCUGACGAUAUAUUCAAAGAAAAUAAUGAAGAUAGUUUGUUCCUGGCCAAUAAUAAUAGUGUUAGAGAUAUGGUCAUAGAUUUCACUAAUAAGGAGUACGAUGGCUUAGACGGAUAUAGAGCAAUGCUUGUAAUUCGUAUGCUACAGACAUUUUUUCAUGCUGCGUCUACAUUUUAUAAUGAAUCUGGAGAAUCAAUAAAUACUCUUGAAGCCAGUCAUCGUUCUCGUUUUUUAAAAAACCGACAAGCAUUACUUGAUUUAGGAGAAUCAGUUAAAAUUCCCUCUAAAAUACUUUCAAAGCUGUUGAUGGAAAAGAGUAUAGAGACGGAUGUUUUUCCGCUUUAUUUAUAUAUUUUAUAUGAAACUAUUCCAAAAGAUUUUGACGUACAUCAAUUCUUAAAAUAUUUUAAAGCUGGUUGCUUCGAAGUCAAUGAAGUUGCACUUUUAUCUCAAGAACUUGAUUAUUCAACUUCUUAUAUUUUAUCAUAUAGGAAUGUUAUUAAAACAUUUCCUAUUUGGAAUGAUUUACGUGCUCGCUAUUGUAAUCCUGAAACAGCUUCUUUUACUACUCGACAAAUGGUAUUGGCAACCUACAUUAGUAUUAUUUUGAUUACUCUUAAACAAAGACAUUAUGAAAGUUUAUGGCCCUUACUUUGUCAUUUUAAAUUCUUUCUUGAAGCUAUUGGUUCUAAUGGCGGUGAUGCUGCUCUCAGUAAUUGCUUUGCUCAGUUAUACAAAAAUGAUACAAAAAUGGUUGAAAUGUCGAUAGAUGAUUUUGAAAGCUUUUCAGAUGGCAGCGUAUUUGGAUACGAUAUGAAUGAAGAAAUCUAUAGACCUUUAAUAGACUUUCAAGAUAAAUCAUUAGGCGCUAAUAUAUUGGAACUUGCCUCACUUAAUUAUGUUUUGUCCGCUAUUGAGCAUGCUAUGCAAUGUCAGGGAAGACAUAAUGGUUUAAGUGUUUUUAUAGAAAAACUUUCUGAAUUUAUUUGGACUACAUUACUUGAUCCUAUUGCUUACAGAACGCAUAACUUGAAAGAAACUGUUAUAGAGCAAUUAGAAUGCGAUUUAUCACGUAGUAUGUAUAAAAACUACUUUUAA